GCUUUGGAGUAAAGGACGGACUGAAGACUCUUAUGUUUAAUAGCUGAUUGGCUGCUGCUACCGUCCCUCUUUCUGAACUUCAGCGCAGAGGAAUCCCUUAAAGAAUACAAGACUUGUCAAAAUGAACUUGUCGUACUUGGUAGCGUGUGGACUUAUGGUCACCCUGCUUUCAGUAAGGAUGGGGGCAAAACCUUUAUCUCAGACGCAGCAGAAGUCUCUUAGAAGUUUGCUGGGCGAGGAGCUGGCGGAGUUUCUGGAGUCGGAGGAGAGGGAGAGGCGGCUAGACGAUGUGCGCUCUCGGAUGCGGUUACUGCGAGAUUUACGCAUGGACACCAAGGCCAGAGGGAUGUGGGCUCGUCUCCUUAACGACCAACCCGCACCGAGGAGACACAAAUCGGGAAACAAGAAAGGGGGUUCCACGUCGCGGAGUGGCUGCUUUGGACACAAGAUGGACAGGAUAGGAACCAUCAGCGGCAUGGGUUGCUAGGGUUGGAGAAGCGCUGUGAUGAUCUCUGGACGAUGGGUUGGAUAACAAAGGUUCAGUUUGUUCUCACCUGAGGGAGAAAAAAAAGAAAAACUUUUUCGGUACGAAAAAGUCAACACGACCAGCAUAAACAAAGACUAAGAUGACAAUGCUACAAAACUCUCAUAUAAAUAUAUAUAAUAAAUAUAUAUAUAUAUACAUAUACAUAUGUGUAUACCAUACAAAUGGUCAACAGAUGCAUACUACAAGAUGGCGGACAAUGGUGUAAAAACUACAAACCGCAAAGCUGUAUAUUGUUGCUGCUGCUGCUGCUGCUGCUGCUGUACAUUCAUGUACUCCAUCUUCCCGUGCAUAAAUGUAUUUAUGUUUAAAAAACUAUUUAUAUGUUUAUAAAAAGAGAUAUUUAUAAAUAUGAGUUUUAUUUAUGUAACAUUUUGAAAAUGGAUGCAAACUGCAGGUCAUUUCUGUUUGUAACAUUUUUCUUUUGUCUCAAAUAGUUGUAAAUGUUU